AAAAGGAAGACUAUGACUUCAUCUUCCAUUCUCGCAUAUGACAUUUCAAUGGCUUCCGGUUCUUCCUCUUGUAUUACCGUUUCUCCUACCUCGCUAACGUUUUCCUAAGCUUUAGAGGCGAAGAUACUCGUAAUUCAUUUACAGAUCAUCUUUAUUAUGCAUUAAAGCGACCAGGAAUUUGUACUUUUAGCGAUAAUAACGAAGAAAUCAGUAGAGCUGAACACAUGAAGCCAAAGAUCGAGAGUGCAGUUAAAGAAUCUAGGGAUUCAGUAGUUGUAUUGUCAAAAAACUAUGCAACGUCCACUUGGUGCCUAGACGAGCUUCUGUUGAUCCUCACACAAAGAAGGGAGUGCAGUCAUUUCGUUCUACCAGUUUUUUAUCACGUUGAUCCAUCUGACGUUAGGAAUCAAAAUGAAACCUACGAAAUCGAAGUCAAAGCCUCUUCAAAGUGGACAAAUGACAAAGUUAACCAGUGGAAGAAAGCUCUUAAGGAGGUUGCUGAUUUGGCCAGCAUGGUUUUGUCUGGGCAAAGACAUGGAUUACAUGGUAAACAUAAUGGAGCAUGAUUACUUCGUAAUAUUUGGGAUCAAAAGUCUAAUCAAUAGAUGCCUUCUUUCUAUCUCACCAAACAAGAAAAUUAUGAUGCAUCCACUGCCAUAGGAGAUGGGGAGAGAAGUAGUCCAUCAAGAAUUACCAAAGAACACUGCACAACGUAGUAGAGUCUGGUGUAAUAAGGAAUCUUAUGAUGUUUUGCGAAAUGGAAAGGUGAUAUGCUUCCUUUGUUGAAGCUUCUUUUUCCUUCACAUUGUAUUAGUUUAUCUAUAAUUAUAUAGUUUUUUUAUUUUAUAUAUUAUUAGGGGUCAAAUACAAUGGUGUUAGCCUAUAUAUGUCUUUAGCCCACAUGUUUAUGGGCCCUUUACGCUUUAGUUGAUUAUGAUUUAGUCUUAGCUAGUAUUUAUUCUCCCAUUUCUUCUUUGUAUCCUUCAUGCUUUUCAUUGUGAACCUUGUAAUUUCUCUCUUUUAAUAAUCAUAUGAAAAUAUUAUCCUGGUAUCA